GGGGCCUUAAAACAAUUCAUUAACCCUGGUAGCCAAAAUGGCUGGUUUGUUCGCCUUAUCAGACGACCUCACAAGAUUUGAUAUCUUUCCCCUCGGUUUCCUAGCGAAGCUACUACUACUCAUCCCAACUUUAUCGUUCUUUAUCUACACUGUCAUAAACGAGAUCGUACGACUAAAAGGUCGAAUUCCUAACUUACCAGGACCAUGGGGCUACCCCUUAUUAGGGAGUCUUCCCUCUUUACGUGGCACAGCUACGUCAGAUGAGUACAGAAUAUGGUCCAGGCAAUAUGGAGACGUAUUCCAAGUGCCGUUGGGCAACAUGACAGCCGUAGUGGUAAACAGUACGGCGGCUGCCCGUGCGCUUUUCAUCGGACAACGGGAGGCGACUAACUCGCGUCCUGUAUUCUACGUCCUACACAAGAAAGUGCAGCAGGGAGGACCUGUAACAAGCAUUGGGACUAGUCCUUGGGAUGAUAGCUGUAAGCGGCGGCGCAAAGUUUCCGCCACAGCCCUGAAUAAAACUAGUACGGAGAGUUAUCUUCCUAUAUUAGACCUUGAAUCAAGAGCGUUGACACUAGAUAUCUUAUCUAGCUGCCAGGGUGGCGAUGCAUCCGUCGACGUGCUUGACCUGACGCGCAAAUUCGCGUUAAACCUCAGCUUAACGCUGGCUUAUGGAACGCGCGUCGAGGAUGUGAAAGAUUUGCAUAGAGACCUAGUUAUCUCUGAGAUCAUCUAUAUCGAAGAAGAAAUAUCAAAGUUUCGAAAUCCCACUAGCAACUAUUCUAACUACAUCCCACUUCUUCGGCCGCUAGAUACUAUUGCAGGAUGGCUGGGACUACAGAAGGGUUCGCAUAUGGCAGACGUAGGGAAACGGCGGUACGCUUAUCACCACGUCUUGCAGGAGAAACUGAAGAGAGAUAUCGCGGAUGGCGUCGACCGUCCUUGUAUUCAAGGAAACGUUCUGAAGGAUCCAGAGAGUAAAGGCCUCACCGAGGGCGAGCUACUCAGCAUCGGACUUAGCAUGCUCGCGGGCGCAGACACUACUAAACGAUCGCUUAUGUGGGCUAUCCUGCUCCUCGCGCACCGUCCGGACAUUCAGGAGAGGGCCUACAAGGAGAUCACGGAGACAGACGCCCGCUUACUUGAGUCGCCACACGUUGCGCAUUCUAGGGUCGAGUACGUAGAGGCCUUCACCAAGGAAAUCGGCCGCUAUUUCGUAGUCCAGCGUCUUGCGCUACCGAAAGCCACCUACUCGCACGUUCAAUGGAAAGACGCAGUCAUCCCCCCUAAUACGCUACUAUUUCUAAACUCCUGGGCGUGCACGCGAGAUCCGUCUGUAUUCUCAGAACCCGACGUAUUCGCACCGGAGCGUUGGAUGGACGGCGACCAGACAGCAAAUCGACACCAGUAUGCUUUUGGCAUCGGAGGCCGAAUGUGUAUCGCAAGCCAUGUUGCUACCAAGGCCCUCUACGCCGUGUUCCUCCAUCUCAUCGCACACUUCCAAAUCCUACCGGCAGAGGACACGAUGGACCCCGUUGUGGCGGAUCCUAUAGAGGGCCUGCUUACCCGGGAAAAUCCCAUUGCGGGACCCAAGGCUAGGACGGUGCGAUUCGUGCCGCGAAAUAUCGAUGUUACUCGACGGAUGCUAUCCUCGGAAACUUAG